AUGCAUGUUAAAGUUGAAGAUACAUUGAAAGUCAUAUCUGGACAUGAUAAGGGUCAAAUAGGGGAGAUUACUAGGAUCUUCAAACACAACAACACUGUCAUUGUUAAAGACAUAAACUUGAAGUCAAAGCAUGUGAAAAGUAAUGGAGCGGGAGAACCAGGUCAAAUAGAUAAGAUUGAAGCUCCUAUCUACAGUUCAAACGUGAUGCUUUACUCCAAAGAAAAGGAUGUAGCAAGCCGCGUAGGUCAUAAAGCUCUUGAAAAUGGUAAAAGAGUUCGCUACCUGAUAAAAACUGGAGAGAUAAUUGAUAGCGUAGAGAAUUGGAAGAAACUGAAGGAAGCUGAUAAGAAAAUUGCAGAAAUUGCUGCCACCUAG